UAUGUAAAAAAACAAAUACCAGAGGACUCGAUAUUGGAAAAUAUAGAAUUUCCCUUUCCCCUUUACAGCUCGGGGAUCUCUCAUCGUCAUCGACUAUGGAAGGAGGGAGUGCGGCGCCGGAGGAGCUGCCGGAGAUCAUAACCAACAAAGACGAGAUGAGGAAAUGGUCACGUGCCAUGAGAUGCCGCGGCAAGACCAUAGCCUUGGUACCCACAAUGGGUUAUCUCCACCAGGGCCAUUUAUCCCUCGUCGAGAAAGCUCAAUCCCUAGCGGAUGUCGUCGUCGUUUCAAUCUACGUGAACCCAGGUCAGUUCUCUCCCUCCGAGGACCUCUCCACUUAUCCGUCCGACUUCCACGGCGAUAUCCGGAAGCUCGGGUCGGUUUCCGGGUGCCGCCGGGUCGACGCUGUUUUCCAUCCCCACAAUCUCUACGACUACGGGAACAUUGGCCGAAAAGGGGAACGGGAUAUUGUCGAGGAAUUGUCAGAGGAACGGGAAAAGGGGCCGCCGGCAUCAGGUGUUUCGUCGUGUGUGGAAGAAAUGGGUGCCGGGCACGAGACGUGGGUGAAAGUGGAGAGAUUGGAGAGAGGGUUAUGCGGGAUGAGCCGGCCGGUGUUCUUCAGGGGAGUUGCGACCGUGGUGACCAAGCUGUUCAAUAUUGUGGACCCUGACAUGGCUGUGUUUGGGAAGAAGGAUUACCAGCAGUGGCGAGUUAUUCAGCGAAUGGUUAGAGAUCUUGAUUUUGGAGUAAGGAUAGUUGGGUGUGACAUAACGCGUGAGCAAGAUGGCCUGGCAAUGAGUUCGCGCAACGUUCGCCUCUCCCCAGAGGACAGAGGAAAGGCGCUGUCCAUAAGCAGGUCUCUCUUCCAAGCUAAAUCGUUGGUAGAGAGAGGCCAGACGACGAACUGCAGCGAUUUGCGAGGGACUCUGGUCCAAGCAAUAUCUGGGGCUGGAGGGAAGAUUGAUUAUGUGGAGAUAGUGGAUCAAGAGAGUUUGGAGACACUGGGGGAAGUGGAUAGGCCAGUUGUUAUCUGCAUCGCAGCAUGGUUCGGCAAUGUUAGAUUGAUAGACAACAUCGAGAUCAGCGGAUGAAGAACACCACAACAAGAACUGCGUGUUCUUCACUCUGUAGGCUCUCCAUUUUGGGAGUAUAGACACUGAUUUCUAGUUAUUUCAUUUCCCCCGUCAAAUAAUGCCAACUGCAGGGCGCUCUGCUUGCUUAACAUCACAGGCGGGCAGUAUCAACUUCGCCUGGGUUCAUGUCACUUUCUGGUUCAUUUCCAGUUUCGGAGGUACCAGUUUCAAGGCACAACAAAUAAUUGACAUACAACUUCCAGGACGAUCCAGCUCCUUCUGGGCAAUUCAAGUAGGAGAUUACGAUUCAUCAAUCAAAACGGGGCAAACAACACGGACGAUCACGAGCAUCCACUCUCAAAGAAACGUUACAAUGAAUUCUGAAACUUAAAAAAAAAGGUUGGGAAAGACUGUACAAGCGCAAGUUAAGGGAUAUGGUAGCCCUCGUAACGAACAUGGCAGCAGAAACUGAUACUAAUGACAUUUGAAACCGCCGCAAACAGAUAAUACUAUGAUGAGAAUCAAUGCGAUUAUGAUCCCCAGCACUAUCAGCUUAAUCUUCAUGUUCUGCAGCCACAUCUUCCUCCUCAUCUUGGUCCCUUGCUGCCUGAAAUCUUGAGCCUGCAGUGAAGUAGACACUUAACACCUAAAAAAGACUCACCAAGUGGGAAUAGUUAACAAAGAAGAGAGAGAGAGAGAGAGAGAGAGAGAAGGCGUUCUUUAGG